AUGAAGCCGAGCAGCCAAAGUGCUGAAAGCAGCAAACGCCUACGACUCUUGUCCCUGGAGAAUGACCCCCCAGCGGUGGUGGAUGGAGGAAAAGCUUUUGAGCUGAGGGAGCAGUACCGUGAGUUUACCACCUUCCUCUACGGAUCAGCAGUGGAAUACGACUGUCGUCCAGGUUACAUCCAGGUGAGAAAAGUCAACGUCCGAAACGCCCUUAUUUGUGGAAAAGAUGGCCAGUGGCACGGAUCACAGGAGUUCUGUGCGCCGAGGCGGUGCAUCUACCCCGGAGAGCCGGCCAACGGCAGACUCGUCCUAGCAGAAACGUUCGCUUUUGGCUCAACAGUGAAUUUCACCUGCAACACGGGGUACAGGCUGGUUGGAAGUUCUCAAAUUCAGUGUGUAAUUAAAGAUGAUGUUGUUUCAUGGGACAAAGAUAUUCCCUUCUGUGAGCCAAUACCGUGUUUACCCCCUCCAGAAAUAGCUAAUGGGGAGCACAACGGAGCUGACAAAGACCACUUUGAAUACGGGACAUCUGUCACUUACUGGUGCCACCCUGUCAAGAAGGGACAGAGACCUUUCUCACUGGUGGGAGAUGCCUCUAUUUUCUGUACAACCACAGAUAACGUAAAUGGUGUCUGGAACAAGCCAGCCCCAGAAUGCAAAGUGGUCACCUGUGAGCAGCCGCAGGUGGAGAACGGGAGGCUGCUGAGCAGGUACCGCCGCGACUACGCCUACGGAGACAGCGUCCUCGUCGACUGUAACUUCCGCUACAGCCUGAACGGCAGCGACACGUCCACGUGCCAGGAGAGCGGCCUCUGGGAGCCUCCGCUGCCGCGCUGCCAGCGCAGUAGCUGUGAUGACCCUCCCAACGUGCACAAUGCUGUUAAAGCAAAACUUGCCGGUAACCUGUUUCCUGUGGAGACCGUGGUCACCUACGAGUGCCGGCAGGGCCACCAGUUCAGCCCAGGAGAAACCACACGGCACAUCCAGUGUCUGCCGGACUUCACGUGGACUGAAACUCCACCUCCUUGUGAAAGAAUCCGCUGCCCAAAUCCAGAUGUCAGGAAUGGAAGGCCCUUUAAUGUCUGGGGACAGAAGGUUGAUUACGUGUAUGGAGACAGGCUGGAAAUCAUGUGUACCGAGGGCUAUGCCUUCAAAGGUCGCGGCAGUAGCCUUGUGCUUCACUGUACGAGCGAUGGUAGAUGGGAUCCAGAGGUACCAGAGUGCACUCCAGAACCUCGUUGCCCAAAGCCAGAUGUUGCUCAUGUGAGAGAGGUGUAUAAAAGCAAAACUGACUACACGGUUGGGACCCGAGUGAGGCUGGCGUGUGAUUCAGGCUAUGUCCUCAGGGGCCAGGAGGUGACCGAGUGUCAGGCUGAUAUGAGCUGGGCUCCCCCGUUACCGUUUUGUGACAAAGCCUGUGGUCCCCCUCCCCAAAUCGCCAGCGGCCGCCACUCUGGCUUGGGACAGGAGCAGUUCACCUAUGGCGCAGAGGUGACGUACAGCUGUGCUGAGGGUCUGUCCCUCCUUGGGGACCCGUCCAUCUACUGCACUUCCAACGACGGGGUGAACAUGACAUGGAGCGGACCUGCCCCGGAGUGCAGGCUGGUUCGGUGCCCCGCGCCCGCCGUCGAGAGGGGAAGGAUGACUCCACAGAGGUUCACGUUUCCCUACGGGGCAGCCGUGCAGUUCUCCUGCGACGAAGGCUUCAAGCUGCACGGCGAUGCCGAGAGCCGGUGCCUGGCCGACGGCACCUGGCACCCCCUCCUGCCCGUCUGCCAGCCCGUUCAGUGUUACCGACCCAUAGCACAGGAGGGGAACCUUGUGGUUAACUCUUAUAAAUUAUGGUACAAGGUGAAUGAAACUCUGUCCUUCUCUUGCCAACGUGACGGCCGUCUGUCAAAAAAGCAUGAUACUUGUGAGAAGAUUCUUCAAAACAGCGAAGCUUUCCAGUGCGGGAUUCCUCUGACAGAACUGAAAACUCUGCUGGAAGUCCAGAAACUGUACCUGGAGAUCCAGAAACUUGAAAGGGAGCUGAAAGCCACAGCAUACGGCUGA